CUGCACCGCCUGGCUGCGAGCGGCUGAGAGCGAGAAAGCCCUAGAGCAAGAAAGCUAUAGAGCGAUCAGCAGGCGCUCGCCGUGCGUUUCCCCUUUGCCCCAUCGCGCGCCUCGCUUGCUUCUCCACCCCACCCGGCUUGACCCGACUCAGUCCCGGCGCCGCAACAGCCUCGAGCUCUGGGGCUGCGCAGGCAGCCUCUGGACUCUCCGGCGCGCCGCCGCGUCCCCAGACAAAGGCUUGGCCGGAGGCCCCGGCCCGCUGCACCCUUCGCUCUCCGCCUUCCCGGCUCGCCGCUCUUCGCCCCCGCGCUUGGCUCGGCGCGCCCCAGCCGGCCGCAAAGUUUCCCUCGCGGUAGCAGCGACUGAGCCUCGCGUUAGCGAUGGCCGCGGAGCUGAGCAUGGGGCCAGAGCUGCCCACCAGCCCGCUGGCCAUGGAGUACGUCAACGACUUCGACCUGCUUAAGUUCGACGUGAAGAAGGAGCCGCUGGGCCGUGCGGAGCGUCCAGGCAGGCCCUGCACGCGCCUGCAGCCAGCCGGCUCGGUGUCAUCCACACCGCUCAGCACACCGUGUAGCUCGGUGCCCUCUUCGCCUAGCUUCAGCCCGACUGAACAGAAGACCCACCUCGAGGACCUGUACUGGAUGGCCAGCAACUACCAACAGAUGAACCCUGAGGCGCUCAACCUGACGCCCGAGGACGCGGUGGAGGCACUGAUCGGCUCACAUCCAGUGCCACAGCCGCUGCAGAGCUUCGACGGCUUCCGUGGCGCUCACCACCAUCACCAUCACCACCACCCUCACCCGCACCACGGGUACCCAGGUGCCAGCGUGGCCCACGAUGAGUUGGGUCCGCACACGCACCCGCACCAUCACCACCAUCACCAAGCGUCGCCGCCGCCGUCCAGCACCACCAGCCCAGCGCAACAGCUGCCCACCAGCCACCCCGGGCCCGGUCCGCACGCGGCAGCCGCAGCGACGGCAGCGGGUGGUAACGGUAGCGUGGAGGACCGCUUCUCCGACGACCAGCUCGUGUCCAUGUCGGUGCGUGAGCUGAACCGCCACCUGCGGGGCUUCACCAAGGACGAGGUGAUCCGCCUGAAGCAGAAGCGGCGAACCCUGAAGAACCGGGGCUACGCCCAGUCAUGCAGGUAUAAACGCGUCCAGCAGAAACACCACCUGGAGAAUGAGAAGACGCAGCUCAUUCAGCAGGUGGAGCAGCUUAAGCAGGAGGUGUCCCGGCUGGCCCGCGAGAGAGACGCCUACAAGGUCAAGUGCGAGAAACUCGCCAACUCCGGCUUCAGGGAGGCGGGCUCCACCAGCGACAGCCCCUCCUCUCCCGAGUUCUUUCUGUGAGUCGUGGCGGGUCCCGGCCCCCGCCCUUGCCCUGGUCCGGACUCCCAGUCCCGUGUCCCCAGCCCUGGACUCCCCUGGACCCUGUCCCUGCCAUGGCCCCAGCCUUGACAUGUUUGACUUGAGCGAGAGGGAGGAAAGAGGCGCGGGCCGCGGGCGACGGGCGGGAGCGCGGGCGGGCAGGGGACUUUGGCUAAGGCGAGAGUAGUGUACGCCAGCGCCGCCUCCUAGACUCGGGCAGAGCCCGAGAGACCAGGGGGGUGGGAGCUCCCGGAGCAACUUUUCUCCAGGCUGGAAGGCGGCGCGGCAUAGUACCACGGCCGUCUGGAGACUCCUGGCUUUCUGAACUUUGUGAGUGCCAGGGCUGCUGCUUCGCAUUCCGGAGCUCAGCCUGCUCCAGGAAGAGAGCAGAGGAGAGGGACCCUAGCGUCCCGGCAGGCGUGAGACAAGGCUGAGCAAAGGGAGGAAGAACAGACGGACCUGUCUGUCCAGAGUCCUCCGGAGAACACUGGCUCGAAGUCGAGAGACGCGGGCCUCAGUUAGGACUUUCCACGCGCGCAAAUCUCAUCAGUUUUAUUGCCUGCUCAAUUAUCUAGAAAAAUACGAAAAUCCGCAUUAAAAAUAUUAAUCCUGCAUGCUGGACAUGUAUGGUAAUAAUUUCUAUUUUGUACCAUUUUCUUGUUUAACUUUAGCAUGUUGUUGAUCAUGGAUCAUAACCCCCUUGUUUCUUUGGGUGAGAAGGGAUCGCAGUUUCGAAACUCCGGCGGCUGCGAGCUGGGUUUCAGUCCUGGCGGCUUGUAAAUACCCGCCCCGCCAAACCGCAUAGAACAUGGCAGCAAGCGAGUGUCUUUGUUUGGGUUCAUUACUAUGGCAUUUUUGUUUGUAAGU